CAGUUAGUUGGCUAACGUUGACGGUUAGCAUAUUCAGCGGUUGUUUAGUCCCGCACAUUCUAAGUCGGCAGCCAUCUGGUAUUUUCUGUACAGGAUCUGCAGUCAUCGAAUACAACCUGGUUUUGAUUGAGGGAGCAGCACACGAGUGACAUUAAGAGACCACUUUCCGAAGUCAGCGGCACCGGCACAAUGGAAUGUGCAGUGGACAUCCCGUCAGGUGAGGAUGAGGCACCAGAGAAAGAUGACUUGAAUACCAAGGAAGUGAAUGAUCCACCCCAUAAGAAAAACAAGAAGCACAGAAAACACAAGAGCAAGAAGAAAAAGAGGAGGAGGAAGGGGGAAAAGGAGAGCAGUUCCGAAUCUGGCGCAGAGUCCGAUGUAGAACCACCACCCCCACCGAGACCUGUCCGAACCACCAGAGCCAGUGCCAGACUGGCAGCAGCUGCUGGAGGUGGAGACCAUGCUGGGCUGAAAGAGGAAGGUAAAAGGGAUGUAAUUACAGAUCGUGUGGACACAGAGGGAGAUGCAAAAUCCAAAAAACACAAAAGACAUGCAGCCAAGAAGAAGAAAAAGAAGAGGAAGAAAGAUGAAAAGCAGGAAAAGCAGGAAAAGAAAUCCCCAUCUCGAUCCCCAUCUGAAAGCAGCUCAGCUUCAGGUUCUGAGUCUGAAGGUGAAGGAGGUAAAGGAGCUGGUGAUGGCAAAUACUCGCCAGCUGGAGCAUCUGACUUGCAAGAACCAGUAUCUAAACAGGGUUCAAAAAGCAAACGAGGGGAGGAGAAGGGGGUUCCCAUCCUCAUGCAGAAACCUGCAUUGCUUGGAGUGAAGAAAGAGGAGAUUUCAAAUAUGGAUGUGUCCUCAAUGGAAGGGAAGGGCAAUAACACCAAUGGAUCAGAGAAGGGUAUGAGGUCACCCUCUGCAGGCCUGGAUGAGAUGACACAGACAACAACAGUUAGGGUUAAGACAGAGGGUGGUCAUGGAGAUGGUGCAUUCAGCCAUGCCCACGAACUGCCUGACAUCAUCCCUAAACAGGAAGGUGCUACCCCAAGAGAUGACCCAGGCCUGAAAGAUCAGGCCAAUUCAGUUCAGAGGGCAAAGAUCAAGGAACGCGAUACAUCCAGGUCCAGGUCUCCUUCCCCUUCCAGGGGCCUAGACAUUAAGAGGUCUGGUUCAAGUCAUAGUCAGUCUCCAACACCUAGUCCCAGUAGGGAGCAGUCUGGUGGUCAAACAGCAAUGAAAGAACGGUCAAGAACCCAUUCCAGGUCAACCUCAAAGGGAAAACGCUCUGCAACGCCUCUAAAGAGUCGACAGCUGUCCCGCUCUCAGUCUCCUAAACCUAGGAAGAAGUUGCUAUCCCUGUCGCCCAAAUCUCCCAAGAGAGGUAGGUGUCAGUCCCGGUCCACCUCUCGCUCCCUCACCCCCAAGAAGAAGGUGACAAGGUCUCCAAAGAAGUCCAAAUCUCCUAAACGGCGGAGAAAUUCCUUGUCUAUUUCCCCAAAGCGACGCCGGAGUUCCCUCUCUCCUAAAAGAAAGGUGUCACGAUCCCCUAAACGUGGUGGUCGCAGAUCCCCCUCUCUGUCGCGGUCUCCAAGGAGAAGUCGAAGGUCAGAGUCACGUUCCCGUGGAGGCACAAGACGCUCCAGGACCCGCUCACCCAGACGAGGUGGUGCAGUUGGCAGACGUUCGCGGUCACGCUCCGUCACUAGAACCCGUCGCUCCAGCUCUAGAUCCAGACGUCCUGUUCGUCGCUCCAGGUCGCGGACACCGGCAAGACGCGCAGGAGGCAGACGUUCCAGGAGUCGGUCCUUGUCUCGACGUAGGAGGUCACCACCCCCCAGAUCCCGCCGUUCACGCUCCCGGUCGAUCCGCAGGAGCAGGCGAACUCGAUCACGUUCCAUUGUCGUCCUAAAGCGCACCCGUCGCUCCAGAUCCAGGAGUCCUCGCAAACGGACCAAAUCUAGAACCCCUCCCUCUCGACGACGGUCUAAAUCCAGGUCGCCAGUCAGAAGGCGUUCUCGGACCCCUGCCAGGAGAAGUCGUUCUCCACCAAGGUUUGGUAAACGCUCCAAAUCCCGCUCGUUGUCACGAAGGCACCGGUCAAAGUCACACUCGCCACUACCUGGGAAAAAGAGGUCCAAAUCGCCCAAGAAGAGUGGAAGAAGGUCAAAAUCCAAAUCUGACUCUGUGGACUUGAACAGAUCAAAGUCCAGGUCUGAGUCAAGUGAUGGGCAGUCUGGCAGCUGCUCCCCAGCCAGAUCCACAUCUUCCUCUCCUGUUAAAGCGAAGAUGUUUUCUUCUCCUAAGGCAGAGCACACAGCUGGAGAAAGUGGAGGACUUUCAGCUACAACAGGUGGUUGGAAACCCGUGCCCUCAGCAGUUGCCUCCAGUCCCCAAGUUGGGAGCUCCUCAGAUAAAUUGCAGGAACAGCUUGCAACCAACCAUGACAAGGAGCAGAUGGAGCAUACCAGUACAUCCAAUGAACGAGAUGUUUCCAGGUCCAGGUCUGGUUCCAAAGAGCCUAACCCAGAUGGAUCAGAUUGUUCGGAAGGCACGGAUGAAGAAGAGGAUUCUUCAUCUCCAGUUAAAAUGGCAUCUAAACGCCAGAGAAGCUCCUCCAUUUCAGCAUCUCCAGUGCAGAAGAAGCAGUUAUCCAAGUCACGGUCACCUACGGAUCGCAGGAAACUUUCACGCUCAACUUCAUCGCCUCGACGAUCAACAUCCAAGUCUACAUCCAGAAAGAAGCAAUCCAGGUCAAAGUCUCCAGUGAGGAAAAGAGAUUCCGUCUCUCCAUCAGAAAGGAAGAAGCGACGGUCUAAAUCUCCUGCCCGGAGGCGGCGGUCACGCUCACGUUCCACCACACGGCGUAAACGGUCAUCCUCCAAGUCUCGAACCAGAAUCCGCCGGUCCAAGUCUCGCACUCCAACCCGCAAGAGGCGAUCUCGAACCCGUUCACCUAACACCAGAGGGAGGAGGAGGUCCAAGUCCACAGAGAGGAGCAAGCGAUCCAAGAGCCGCUCCACAGGCCGGAGGAAAAGGUCUAGGUCAGGAGACAGAAGCAGGCGAUCUAGGUCUCGUUCCUCCGAUCGUAGACGCAGGUCUAGAUCGAGGGGUCGAGGGAGGCGCCCAGUGUUUCGCAGUCGUUCGUUCGAUAGACGGGAUAGGUGGAAGAGGGAACCUAGCCACUCCCCAGUUCUCAUCCUGCGCAAACAGCGCCGCUCAGGGUCGCGGACAAGACGCAGCACCAGCAAGACUCCUCCACGGCUCACUGAACUGGAUAAGGACCAGCUGCUGGAGAUAGCUAAGGCUAAUGCUGCUGCCAUGUGUGCGAAGGCGGGGGUUCCCAUUCCUGAGAGUCUUCGGCCAAAAGCCAUCCUCCAGCUCCCUCUACCCACUCCAUCUCCUGCCCCCCUCUCCUUACCUCUACCUUUACCUCUCCCAAUGGGCAUGGGGAUGCCCAACAUGCCGAAUAUGCCCAACAUGGGUCCAAUGGGGAUACCCAAUAUUCCCGGAAUGCCCAGCAUGUCAAACAUCACCAUGAGUGCCGCUAUGGCAAGUAUGACAGCGGCUACUAUGACAGCUGCCUUGACCAACAUGGGUGCCCUUGCGGCCAUGCCUCCCCUUGCCCCACUUCCCACCAUCACUAACAAGCCUCCCCCCUGCCUCGCCCCCCCAACACCAACCCUUAACCUGGACCACAUCGAGGAAGCAAAGAGGAAGGUCACUCAGCAGGCUAACAUACACACCAUCAAGGAGCUUACUGAGAAGUGUAAGAUGAUUGCAAAUAGCAAGGAGGAGAUGGCCAUUGCUAAACCCCAUGUCUCAGAUGAUGAAAGCUAAAAACCGCCAAUCCCUCACGCCACACAUCGAAGGACUGAAGGAAAAUGUAAAAAAUGCUUCACAGGAGGGACCUACCUUUCCACAGUUCCCUCUGGCAGCCAGAUAUCCUGACUGAGUCUCGUAAACCACCCAGAAGAAGAGCACCCUAAUUAUCACAGUUAUGAUAUAGGAGCACCGGCACCAGCCACUGCCCCCCUCAGCUCCCCAGUUUGUUUCUGUGUGUGUGAGAGAAUGGCAGACUGUCACCUGUGAUACCACUGAGAAAACUGGACAUGCUGACGUGUGCACAGUUGUAUGACUGUAAAGUGAAUCUGUGUGUGUGUAUAUAGUGACUUUGACCACCCAUCCCUCAGCGUUGCUGCUCAUUCAAGCAGUCACUGUUGUAAAGACUGAAGAGGAAACAAACCAAACUAACUAGUGGCGCAAGUGUUUUUGUAAAAGAUUAGUUUCUCUAAAUUUGUUUUACUUUUAUGCUUUCUUAAAGGAUUGUGUUGAGUGGAGAUUGCUUCCUUGUUCUGCUGUAUUCCCUUGGUUACCUCUAGUCCCUGUUUUUAUAAACAAAUAAUGCAGACAAAGUUUUGGUAGAUCCUCACGUGAUUUGUUUUCAUAAGCCUAGGUCUCCAGGGCAAGAGAGUGUCAACAUGUUGUGAAUCCUGGAACAGGGUGCCAGAUCUGAUUAUUUUGAAGGAAGGGAAUAAAUGAAUACAUUGGCUGAUAAAAGAAUAAAGUUUGAAAUUUGGCUACCAUAAAAAUGAUCAUCUCUAUUCACAAAACAACUAAUUCAGUUAGUACUGCCCUGGGUGUGAAUUUCUUUACCUAUAUUUUAAAUGACAUCAAGCUAAUCUUUGACUCUAACCUCCUCUUUCAUUUGGGCUUUGUUGGGAUUUAACCAGGAAACAUGUUUGCUGUAGAUUUGAAUCAGCAUUUAAUCUGCCACAGUCUUAAGACCAACAUCCUAACAUGCAUUGUUCUGUGUUUUGCAGAAGACCAAAAGAUAUAAUUUAAAGGACUCGUGUGUAGGAUUUAGUGGACUCUAGCAGGGAGAUUGCAGAUUGCAACCAACUGAAUACCCCUCCCCUCUCCCCUCCCUUUCCAAGCGAGUAGGAGAACCUACGGUGGCUUUCAGGUAACAUAGAAAUGUGAAAGGCCCACUCUGGAGUCAGUGUUUAAAUUAUCUGCUCUGGGCUACUGUAGAAACAUGGCGAUGCAACAUGGCAAGCUUUGUAGAAGAGGACCCAAUCCCUAUUAUCCCUAUUACCUAUUAAGCAACAUAAAAAGACAUCAAUUCUUAAUUUCAGGUGCUUAUACACCAAUGAAAACAUUAAUGUUAUAUUUUUGCCAAUAGAUCCCCUAAAUCCUAUACACUGGUUCUUAAAGAUACAUAGAAAGCAUAUCAUAUAUUUUUAUUUCCUGGGAAUUGCCAUGAUGCAAUUUUAAAAUUAGAAGAAACAUUUGAAAGGUCUGUGUUUCUAUCAUUUUUCAUCUGGGUUUGAUUUUCGGAGCGUCAUUUGAAAGUAAUGCUGGAUUGUUGGAUGUCUUGGAUGUCCUAGUUGUUGGGACCUUGCCCGCAGCACAGUACCUGCCAUAAUACUUGAGACUAGUGGUAAAAAAUCCAUCCAUCCAAAAUUCCUGAUAAGGAAUGGGAGGGAUGAAAAUGCAAAUUCUCUUAAUACUGUAAAUGGAAGUAAUUCUUGUUUCACUGUGUGAUAGAAUACAUGAUUAAAACAGUUUUUGAAUACACUUUAGAGAGACUUUGGUCUUUCUGUUAGGCUGUUUACAUUAUUAAUACAUAAAUUCCAUUGGUGUCAUUUUUUUAGAGGUACACAAGAAGAUGAUAAUUCAUGUUAUUACACUGAGGGUGACAAAUGAUGAGAAGUGGUAAUGGGAUUGAAGACAGACAGUUGAGUGUGUCCCAAGCUGUGACACUGUUAGAUGUUUUUGUGUGUUAGACAAUCAGGUUCUUUGUCUCAAUUUGAUUUUUUUGAACAAGGAGUUAUAACCACAUAAAAUUUGAUCAUCUUGCAGCAUUGUAUUCAGGUGGCAAAUAGAGAAUUGUUAUAGAGAACUGAACACGUAGUAAUGUGCAAACCUAAUGAAAGACCCAACAAGCCCCUUUUCAUUUAAUCCACUCAUAUAAUUAAUAUCUUUUUUACAUGUAGAUACUGUUACCCUGGCCUGUAUUUGGUUCUUUGUGUGAGUAAACAGGGUCCAUGUUUCACUGUAAGCAUUUGUCCCAUUGGAUAACUGAAGAACAAAGACGAUCUUGGUGCUUUCGGGGAAACUGGCAGGGAUGAGGUUUUUCUGGUUUUUAGUGAAUCUUGCACUCAUAAUUCUCAUUUAUUUUCAAAAUCUGGAUCCAUCCUCCCAUGUCAUUUUUCUAUACCCAGGGCUGUUUAACUGUUGAAGAUAAUCUGUGACAAUUUUGUCAGACUGUAACUAUACUGACUCUGUACCAAAAGUGACUGGUGAAUUGAUUCCCUGGGGUAAUCUUUAACUGUUUUAAUGACAAAAAAAAGCAUUUUAGGAUUCAUUUUUUUGGUCAUUUGAAUAUGACACCGCUUGCUUUGUACAUAAAUGUGUUGAUGAUUAUUAAAAACCUCAGUGAUCUGUA